CAAUACCUCACUUCCGGCACUAACGGUUUCGGCCAUUUUGCCAGAAUUUCGUCUCGCCGAUCAUUUGACGUUUAGACGAAAUUUAUGAUUAUAAGUAAUUUUAACGCGAUUUAAGAAACUUAAAUGUAAAGUGAAUAAAUAGGUUAAUCAUUAAAAGAUGGCUAGAUACGGUCAAAGACCUGAAAACGCUUUAAAGCGUGCAAACGAAUUCAUCGAAGUUGGGAAACCAGCUAGAGCUUUGGAUACUUUGCAAGAAGUGUUUAGAAACAAAAAAUGGGCUUACAAUUGGUCGGAAUCCGUUUUAGAACCCAUAAUGUUCAAAUAUUUGGACCUCUGUGUGGAACUGAAAAAAUCACAUAUCGCCAAAGAGGGUUUGUUCCAAUACAGAAAUAUGUUUCAAACAGUGAAUGUGGGUUCACUGGAAAAUGUUAUAAGGGGGUAUUUAAGAAUGGCCGAGGAAAAGACUGAGAAUGCUAGAGAACAAUCAGCUCAAGCUGUUAUCGACAUUGAUGACUUGGAUAAUUUGGCCACACCUGAAAGUAUUUUGUUGAGCGCUGUGUCUGGAGAAGAUGCCCAAGACCGUUCAGAUCGCACCAUCCUCACCCCAUGGGUCAAAUUUCUAUGGGAAUCGUACUGCCAGUGCUUGGAGCUUCUACGUACCAACGCCCACGUAGAAAAUCUCUACCAUGACAUUGCCAGGAUGGCCUUCCAAUUCUGUUUGAAGUACAACAGGAAAACGGAGUUUAGAAAAUUGUGUGACAAAUUGAGGAAACAUCUUGAGGAUAUUUGCAAGCUGCCCGCGCAAGUUACCGCUAAUGUUUCUAUGUCUAAACCAGAGACUCAACAAUUGAAUCUUGAAACUAGAUUGUAUCAGCUCGAUUUUGCUAUUCAGAUGGAGCUGUGGCAGGAAGCAUACAAAGCAAUAGAAGACAUCCAUAACUUGAUGAAUCUAUCCAAGAAGAGUCCAGUCCCCAAAACGAUGGCAAACUAUUACCAAAAAUUAGCUAUGGUAUUCUGGAAGGCAGGCAACUAUCUAUUCCACGCGGCUGCUCUGUUCAAGCUCUUCCAAUUGUCCAAAGAAAUGAAGAAGAACAUAACUCAAGAGGAACUACAAAGAAUGGCGUGCAGAGUUCUAAUCGCCACUCUUGGCAUACCUCUACCAUCUGCCCAUCCUGAAUUCGAUCGUUUCAUCGAAACCGAUAAGUCUCCUUUAGAAAAAGCUCAACGUUUAGCAGUUUUGUUAGGUCUGUUCCAACCUCCUACCAGAGCUAGUCUUCUGAAAGAUUUGGUUCGCGUUAACGUGGUGAAUUUGGCCAGCCCACAGUUGCAGGAACUGUACAAUUGGCUGGAAGUGGACUUCCAUCCACUGCUUUUGUGCCAAAGAGUGCAUGAGGUCAUAAAAUCGCUGGAAGCUGAUGAUAAUUCUGCUUUGCAACAGUACAUACCAGCCUUGCAAGACGUCACUUUGGUACGACUAGUUAGACAGAUCGCCCAAGUCUAUCAAACCAUCGAGUUCGCUAGACUGCUUCAAAUCGCUAAAUUUACUACGCCCUUUCACUUGGAGAGGCUGCUGGUCGACUGCGUCAGACACAAUGACAUGCAAAUCCGUAUCGAUCACGGCAAACACUGCAUACAUUUCGGUAUGGAUUUGAGCGAGAGCCAGCGCGAAGACAAGCCCGAAGGGCCCACAUUGCAAGUCAUGCCCAGCGAGCAAGUCAGGAACCAGCUCGUUAACAUGUCCACCGUCCUUAAUCAGGCCAUACACAUCAUCAUUCCCAGCAAGAAGAAGUUGGAGAGGGAGAAACUUAGAACCGCGAUGGUUCACAAUUAUCACGAAACCAAAGUCAGGGAGCACCAGAAGAUCCUUCAAAGACACAAGAUCAUCGAGGACAGGAAAGAGUACAUCGAGAGAUUGAAUACUGUACGCGAAGAAGAGGAACAAAAGAGAUUGGAGGAAAUGCAGCGCCAGCACAUUAUGGCCGAACAGAAACGUCUGGAACAAGAACGCGAGGAGCGCGAACGGAAGAGAGCCCUCAACGAGAUCCAACAGAUAAAAGACAGACAUCUGAAAGAGAAAUUACACCAGAUCAGCCAGACCGGUCACGGGCAGAAGAUACUGAAAAAAAUGGACGAAGACGACAUAAAGAAAUUGGACGCCGAUCAAAUAGCUGCGAAGGAAGCCGAAGAGUUGCAAAAGGAACGAAGGGAAAUGCAGGCCAAAUUGAAGUCGCAAGAGAAGAAGGUAGACUAUUUCGAGCGCGCCAAGCGUUUGGAGGAAAUCCCUCUGCUGCAGGCCAGCAUGAAAGAGAGGCAAUUGCAGGAUCAGAAUUUCUGGGAGCAACAAGAAAAAGAAAGGAUCGCCGCCGCCAUAGAGGAACGUAAAUUAGCCGUGGCUACCAGAGAUAGGUUGGUACGCAUGAAAGUAGACAAGGACGAGUUCUUGAAUAAGUUGAAAAAGGAAAGGAAUAGCGUCUACGAAGAUAAGCUCAAAGAAUUCGAGACCACUCUAUCUGAAGCUAAGAUUAAGAGAUUGCAGGAGAGGAGAAUGGAAAGAAAGGAAGAGAGACGUGCUAGGUAUUUGAAAGAAAAGCAAGAAGAAGCGGAACGCAGAGAAGAAGAAAGGAUACGCCGCGAAGAAGAAGAACAACUAAGGAGAGAAGAGGAGAAACGCAAAGAACGCGAAGAGAAGGAACGCAUCCAAAAGGAGGAGCAAGAGAAGGAAUUGAAGGAGCGACAGGAAAGGCUCGAUAGGAGCGCGAAAAUGCAGAGGGAAAGAGAAGAGGAGAUUGAAAGGAAAAUGGCGAAAGAAAAGGAAAUGUCUUCCGAUAAAUAUGUCAAAGAUUCGUCUUGGAGACGAGGGGAACCGAGAGGCGAACCAAGAGGUGGCGAACCGAGAGGCGGUGAAUCGAGAGGUGGUGAACCGAGAGGAGAACCGCCUAAACGGGAGACGGGAUCUUCGUGGAGGAAUGAUAAAUUGGAAGAUUCAUCUAAAAAACCGGACGCUUGGAAACCUUCCCGUCUGCAAGCCAGCAGCGUUGCCGAAACGAAAGACAGCAGCUGGAGGACGGACGACAAAAAGGACGAUCGAGGCGACGAGAGACGCGAACCUCGUCGCGAAGGCGCACGAGACGAACGAACGGACGACAGAAAAUUCGAACGUCGCGAUUUCGGCAGAGACAGGAACAUGGAUCGCGACAGGAACAUGGAUCGCGAUAGGAACAUGGACCGCGAUAGGAACAUGGAUCGCGAUAGGAACAUGGACCGCGACAGAUUCGGCGACAGAGAUAGGGAAGGCGGCGGUAGUCGCUUCUCUAGGGAUAACAGAGAUCGUAGAGACGAUAGAGAUCGUAAAGAUGAUAGAGAACGGGGGGAGAGAAAAGACGAUUCUUGGCGAACCGUUAGAAAGACAGACGAUGAUCGUAGGUCAACACCGAUGCGAAGCGCGCCUAGAGAUGGUCCUCCGGAGUCGGUUUGGAGAACGAACAAGGACAGUGAACGUAAAGAGGAACCGAGUAGAAGGCCACCAAUUUCCAGAGAAAAACCCGCUCGUGAGUCGUCCGGUGCCCCAGCAGAGGGAGAGGACGGAUGGUCGCAGGUGUCGGGAAGAAGACGUUGAUCGUUAUCCUACAUUAUUACGCUUGUUAGUUCGAUCUAAAAUAAAAAAUAUAACCGUUUGCUUUUGUUUACAGGUUUUUAUGGAAAAUGGUAGGUUGAUUUAUUAAUUAUGUUUUAAUGCAGAGCUGGCGUUUGUUUUUUAUUUUAAGAAAGCGCUGUAUAGUGGAUAACAUUUUAUUAUUAAAUUGUCAAGUAU